UUGUAAAGUACAGGCUCCCUCCUCUGGUUUCAUCGACAGUUUUAACCUAAAGCGUUACGUUUUUGUGAGGAGGGAUUUUAGUUGAAAUAGAUCUUCAAAUAUCAACUAUAGUGGCGUUGUUUGUUACUGAAAGGUAAUUUGUGUCUGGCUGGCGCGGUAACUUUUGUGUACAUGUCGUACAAGCACCCGAGGUCAGUGAAUAAUGUGAUUAUUAUACAGUCUUUUAUAAUAUUUAAAUAAUCGGCAAAUGUUGAUCCCAGGUUACGAUACUUCAGAUUUACACUGAAUCAACCUCUUCUGUGAAUAUUCAGUGAUGUACUAAAGCUGAUAUGAAAUCGAGUGGAUCUGUGAUCACAAGGCAAGAUCCCUUCCCACCUGCAUCAACAGCAAAGAAGACACACCACCCUUCUAGCAAGCAGUCUUUGUCAAAGAAAGUGAGAACGCCAACUUUGAGCCCUGUUCGUUUAAAGAGGAGAUCACAGUUACAACCUCUAAGUCACGAGAGCCAAAGGCUGCUUAAGAAACCCGACAGCAGUUUUUCUGCUGCUGAAGGACAACCUGAUUUUACAGAAAUCUGGCCCUCAAAUUAUAUUACAUUAUCUCCAGGCAGCAACACUACCUGUCCUGAAAAAGGGACACUUAACCAAUCUGCAAAGCCUGAGGUAUCCACAGUUUCCUCUGGAGUCCAGGAUGACUCUGUGCUGGCAAAAUACAUAGAUCGUUUUCGCCACGGUCAACCUCAGAGUCGGGAGGAGCGCCGGCAGAUGGCUUCUGUCACUUUAGAGGACCAGGUGCCCUAUUGGUGGAUAUCACACUCAUCAGCCCAUAGUUCAACAUCAACUAAAACAUCAGAAGAGGAUGUUCAUGAUGCUGCCCCUUACAGCCCACUCGAUCAGCGUCAACAUGUCAGAUCCCUGAGUGUUUUGUCUGAUGCUUCCCAGGGAGAAUAUGACGACACAGAAAUAUUCCACCUUCAACAAAGGGCCAACAGACUCCUCCUGAGAGGUGAAUGCGGCCCGAGUGAUGAAUCGGUUCUUGUCAGCUCAGAGGGCUUGGGAUGCUCAGAUUUUUCCUCUCCAGUCACUGUAGACGAGCCGGUGCGACAACCUUUGAUUCCCAGUUUGAUAAAACAUCCUGAUGGAAAAGUCUGGUCAGACUCUGUUAAUGCUGUGUCCUCCCAAAAAUCCAUCAUCCCUACUUUGACACCCCCCACGCGUCCAGAAGAGGAUAUUUUGUUCCAGUGGCGUUUACGGAGGAAGAUGGAGCAAGCUAGGGAGUGGCCCCAGGCGCAACAACGCUCCAGUCUUCAUGGUUCUGCACAAAGCUGGCAGAUCCCCAGUUUAACUAUUCCUUCAGCCAGUGGACAAACUAACAAGCAACAGAUGAGCAUUCAGUCUCCACAGUUCUUACGAAGAGAUGGUCAUCCAUUCAACCCUGCUCCUCGGGCAGAAACCACAGAGGCCCUAAGAAUGUGCCCCCCACCUCCAAGUCCUUCACUCUUCCCUAAUAAUGUUGUCUCCAGCUCCUUAUUGUCUCAACCGCAGGCUAUUUCCCAUGUUCCUGCGCACAUGCAUUUACUCUGUGAUGUCCUUCCCUGCACUGUCCAGUCAUCUCAUACUAGAGGGAAGCAAAGUGUCUCACAAAAGUUAGAGGAAUCUCAAACCAAACUUGUCCAUAAAAAAACCCAAGUCCCUGAAACCUCAGUGAAUACCUUCAGAGAUGUGCUUUAUGGAGAACCUGUGCCAUCCCCAUGUCAUGCAUCAAUCGGAACCGCACUGGGAGAUCGGCCUGGCCGCCAGAAAGUACGCAAGGAUAAGAAAAAGAAAGGAGAGACAAAAGAGCCUGAGAAGAUGACAAUGUCCACUAGACAAGAGAGGAGAACUACAAGGAGUUCUUCACACGAGAGUCUUCCAAAUAAGGCCACAUUAUGGAAGGAACAGCAACAACAGGAGGAGAACAGCUGCACUGGUGUUCACGAGCUAUCGGCGUCUCCAGUCCACACAGCUCUGGGACAGGUCGUUUCAGAGGUAUUGUUUCCUACGGUGGAUUCAUCUCCAGCUCAGAAGAUCCCCGUUUCAUCGGUUUCACCUUCUCUCGCUGUCUCCUCACCCUCAACUUCCACACUUCCUCCAUGCAAUCCACAGAACUCCAUGGAAGUAAUUUCAAAGCUGCUUCAGGAGGCUGCAGAUUCUGAUGAAAAAGACUUUGAAGAUGACCCUCUGUUAACCGUCCUUCGCCAACAGAGAAAAUGGGUAAAAGAUCAGAUCAGUGAAGUGGACUCUAUGCUGAAUGAAUUCCUGGAGGAGCAACAAGUUACUUGAAAAUUGACACGAGGCAAUUGAUGUAGUAUCUUUUUUUAAUUAUUUUAUAAAGAAAUUAAGUGUACUUUUAAUUUUUAAAGGAAUAUUUCCACAUUAAAGAAGUUGAAGAUAUGUGUUGGUACAUUACUCACAAUAACAGUGCAUUUACAAAAGGUAAAGUUGAAAAAAUAAAAUAAAAGCAGAUUUAAACUCUUAACA